AUGUCUGCUCAAAACAACGGCCGUUCUCAACCCUACACCUUAUCGACUCCCAGGGGUGGCAUCAACAGUUCAUCUGUACCUACUAACUCCGCAAACCGCGCCUCAGCGAGAUCCAUUCGCGGUUUAGGGGCAGGGUCAAACACUUCCAACGGAGGGUCCAGUGAACCUAUGACACCUCAACCGAGCGGGGUCUCAACUGAUGUUAUCUUAGCUGCAAUCGCCAGCUUGACCGCCAAGUUGGAGAAAGAAGUUUUGAUGAUGUCAGACACACUGCAACAGGAGAUUAAUACCAUGUCAAACAGGCUCGAUGAGGAAAUUGGCAACCUUUCUAACAAGUUCAAUGAGGAUUUUGGCAAGGUUGAAGAACAGCUCACAAUCACGUCAAACAGGAUCGAACGUGUGACCAACAGUGUGGAAGAACUAGCAACGACAGUCACAUCUGAUGUUGGCCACAACGCUGGAAACGUGCAGCGUAAUGCCGCGGGGUCAACUGGACCUGCCACUCCAGCCGUACCGUGGACCUACACAUACGAGUUGAAGCAACGCGUGUAUGCAUUUGCCUACGAUUUGGUUCAUCUGCCCAACAUCGCUGGUUAUACUGCGCUCGAAGACCCCAACGGUGAUUUGUUAGCCACAUCACUCUUCAAUACUAUCAAGCAAAAGAUAAACAAGAUUCCCGGAACGUGGGCGACUGAGCAGCUUCCGCCAGUGGUCAAUGGUAUGCAAGAUGUUGCGGCGACUCAAAGGUACACGUCGUUAGUGAAGGAUGCCGGUAAACACGCCCGCGAAAAGUUACACAACUUGGUGUUACACAACAUCAAGAACCCAAGUGGGACCGUUCCGGAUUUGAAACGCCUCUUGCAUCGAAACCUGAGCAAGCAAUUGUUUGGACAGAUUGCACGUCAAUGUGGCAAGACCGCCGAAGGGCUGGACGCUCAGGCCUAUUGGCUCGGGACGUUGUCGGCCACUCGUUUGCGUAUUGCCUAUCUACAGCGACGGGAGGCGCUUUGUAUUUUCCAAUCGCUACGGGCCGGCGGAGGGGGAGGUAACAUCUGGCACCGAGUGGACUUACAGCUCCACCAUUUGGUUGUGCAGGGAUCUUUAUAUUCUUCCGCGUUUUACAAAUUGAUUUACGACCAAGAUCGUGCGCUCUUUGACGGGAAGGGGUACUUCGACAACAUUAUUGAGCCAACCAAGAGUUUCGAUUUACCGUUGGAAGAAGAGAUCACAGAAGAAAUGGAACGUAUAGAACAAGCAGGAGGCUCAAUUGUUUUAGAAGAUUGA